UCAACAGUCAACACGAUCGUCGUACCUAGCUAGCCCAUCGUCCCCUUGAGCCGCUUUGUUUUACUACUUUCAUUCUUUAUUUUAUUUUUCCCUUUAAAACCAAAAGGGAGAAGGGAAAAAUAAUCAAAGAUGAAGAUGAAGAUGAUGAAGGUGAAGAUAAAUAUGAAGGCGGAGGUGGUGACUUUGAUUUUGGUAAAUCUAGCUGGGAUCAUGGAGAGGGCAGAUGAGUCACUAUUACCGGGCGUGUAUAAAGAGGUCGGUGCGGCUUUGCACACCGACCCGACGGGUUUGGGUUCUCUCACUCUCUUCCGGUCCAUUGUUCAGUCCGCCUGUUACCCAAUCGCCGCCUACCUCGCCGUCCGCCACAACCGCGCCCACGUCAUCGCCGCCGGUGCCUACCUCUGGGCCGCCGCCACUUUUCUCGUCGGUUUCUCCUCCACUUUCACCCAGGUGGCCAUAUCUAGAGCUUUGAAUGGGAUUGGCCUUGCACUAGUUUCACCUGCAAUUCAGUCCCUUGUAGCUGACUCAACUGAUGACAACAACCGUGGUACAGCUUUUGGGUGGCUUCAACUAACAGGCAACCUUGGUUCAAUUAUUGGUGGACUCCUCUCAGUGUUGAUAGCUCCAAUAACAUUCAUGGGAAUUCCUGGUUGGAGAAUUUCCUUUCAUCUUGUUGCAAUCAUCAGUAUUAUGGUCGGUGUUUUGAUCCAACUUUUUGCCAAUGAUCCUCGCUUUUCAGAUUCUAAUGCAAAAGAUAGAGAUCUAGUUAAGAGUAAAUCUUUCUGGUUAGAAGUGAAGGAUCUGGUUCAGGAAGCAAAGUCAGUUAUUAAGAUUCCAUCUUUCCAGAUUAUUGUGGCACAGGGUGUCACUGGUUCAUUCCCAUGGUCAGCUCUGUCAUUCUCAGCUAUGUGGUUAGAGCUUUCUGGCUUCUCACAUGAGAAAACUGCAUUCCUCAUAGCCCUGUUUGUGAUGGGUAGUUCCUUUGGGGGCCUAUUUGGUGGUAAGAUGGGAGAUAUACUUUCUACUCGUCUCCCAAAUUCUGGAAGGAUAAUUCUAGCACAAACAAGCUCAGCAUCAGCUAUCCCUCUAACAGCAAUACUUUUGCUGGCUUUACCCAAUGGUCCAUCUUCUGGAGCAGUCCAUGGUUUGGUCUUGUUCAUUGUGGGCUUCUGCAUAUCCUGGAAUGCUCCAGCUACAAACAAUCCAAUUUUUGCAGAGAUAGUUCCUGAGAAAUCCCGAACAAGUGUCUAUGCAAUGGACCGAUCUUUUGAGUCCAUACUAUCAUCAUUUGCUCCCCCUAUUGUUGGGAUAUUGGCUCAGUAUGUUUAUGGUUAUAAGCCAGUUCCUACCGGGUCAAGUGAAUCUGAAGAGAUUGCCACAGAUAGAGGGAAUGCUGCAUCAUUGGCCAAGGCACUCUACACGGCAAUAGGAGUUCCAAUGGCUUUGUGUUGUCUAAUUUACUCAUUUCUCUAUUACACCUACCCAAGAGACAAAGAAAGAGCCAAGAUGGAAGCUCUGAUAGAAUCAGAGAUGCAACAAAUAGAGUUGGAUAAUUCACCCACGGGUGAAGAAUUUUCUCAAGUCUGGUUCUCUGAGUCAGGAGAACAUUUUGGUCAGGAAUUGGAGAAUGGCUUUGAUCUAGAAGAUGACGAGAAGAAAUUGCUCUACCAUUAGCUGACAUUCUCCAAUAUGGGUAAAUAGUAAUACCAAGAAGCAUAAGCUGCCCUAUUUUCCAAAGCCUGCAUUCCAUUGAAAAAGGUUGCCUGUAGGUAAAAAUUCAAAGCUUUUGAUUGGUAUUAAUCAAAGGAAAAUUUUCAACAUUGUGGUGAGAGAUGCAUGUUCAAUGCUCACAAAUGAGUACCAUAAUAUACAGAAGUCACAUACCCGUCUUGUCCUGAUAUUCUUUGGCCUUGAACAUGCACCGGAAAGAAAUGUAGUUGACAGGAACAACUGAAGGGUUUAAGAUUAUCGAAUUGGUCUUCGGUUUUGCUUGCCAGCUUUCGUGGAAUGAGUAAAUCUAUUAAAAGACCCUAUUCAGGGGUAAUACAAAUAAUCUCACAUAUUCGAAAUUA